AUGGUGUGCUACGCUGAUGACACUUCGGUCCUGGUCGGAGGUCGCGGGUGGCACGAUACGUUGCGCAUCGGCGAAGUCGCAACGGCCUGCGCGAUACGUGCUGUACGCGGACUGGGUCUGAGGGUCUCCCCUGCUAAGUCGGAGGCCAUCUGGUUCUACGACAAGAACAGGCGAAGGUCUCCUCCGCCCGGUCUGGGACCAGUGGACGUUCGAGCCGCACUUCGACUCCCUGAUCCGAAGGUGACGGCGGCUGCCAACGCCUUGUGCGGUCUACUGCCGAACAUCGGCGAGGCGGGAGUCGCGGUGCGCCGAUUAUACGAGGGCGUCGUUCGGUCCCGGGUGAUGUACGGGACCUCGGUAUGGGCAGACGAUCUGAUAGCGAGUCGCUGCAGCAUCCUGCUUCUCAGGAGGCUGCACAAGGUAACUGGCAUCAGAAUCAUCAGGGAAUACCGAACGGUGUCACACGCGUCGGCGACCGUUCUGGUCGCGUCUCCGCCGUGGGAGCUUCGGGCGCUGGUGCUCAAGAAGAGGUACGAUCAAAGGAGACUGUGGAACUCGGGAGGGGACUCGGCCGAGCAGGCGGCCCCAGACGACCUAGGAACCGUCGAGGAAGACGCGUGGGAUCAGUGGCGAUCCCAGCUGAUCAGCGAAGGAGGCGAACACCGAGGCGCGGAGGCGGUUCUCCCUAAUUGGGGGACAUGGAGAAGCCGCCGCAGCCUCCCGCUCACCUACAGGUUGACCCAGGUACUCACGGGACACGGCGUGUUCGGGGAGUAUCUAAUGAAAAUCAGACGGGAGACGACGGACAUCUGUCACCACUGCGGAAAGGGCAGUGACACGGCGCAGCAUACGCUGGAGUCUUGUCCGGCGUGGGAGCUGCCCAGGCGGCCUAGAGCUGCUUCAUCGCCGCCACAACGGACCGCGACUACAAGGAGGGACGGCGCCAGGAGCAAUGGGCCCCCUCCCGCCUAG